AUGCCCGCCGCAAAGAAGCAUGUCCCUAUCGUCAAGAAGCGCACUUCGCGCUUCACCCGCCACCAGUCGGACCGCUUCAUGCGCGUAGACCCCAGCUGGAGAAAGCCCAAGGGUAUCGACAAUGCCAUGCGCCGUCGCUUCAAGGGCCAGGCCGUCAUGCCCAAGAUCGGUUACGGUUCCAACAAGAAGACCCGCCACAUGAUGCCUUCCGGCCACAAGGCUUUCCUCGUCAACAACNNGAUCUCCCACGCCGUCUCUGCCCGCAAGCGCAUCGACAUCGUCGCCCGCGCCAAGCAGCUCGGUGUCAAGGUCACCAACGCCAAGGCCAAGAUCACCACCGAGUCAUAA